CAUAGCUCCUUCACCCAUUCUCUCUCAGCGUCUCUCUCUCUCUUGUCUCUGUCUCUGCCUCUGCCUCUGCCUCUUCUUCUGCCCUGUCUCUCCAUAUUUUUUACCUGACGUCUACAUCUCCACCACCUCCUCAUCUUCUCUCUUCUCUCCCUUUCCUUUUUCAUCUCUCUUGGUCUUCCCCUUCAUCAAUGGAUGCCAAAUAAUCUUGCUUGUUGCGUUGCCCUGGUCCAAUCAACCCCUACCUCGUGCAACUGUAACUCUGCUAAAGUCCGAAGCCUCCGGUUUGGGACAUAGCUAACACAUGCCGCGUACUUCUUUGACGAUCCGUCAACUGAGUUAUCAUUUUGGAUCAACGAAAAAUACUAAACCCUUGGCUUUUGCUUCCGCAUACUCAACUUUUUCCUCAGCAUCCUCCUCCAUCAUGGCUCCAACCGCAACUGCUGCUUCAGCUCAAUUGAAGCCUCCGGAGCUGGCUACAAGGAAUGCACCUGGCUCAUCUGGAGGAUCUAUCGCCUCUAGCACUGCCGUAUCCAAAAUACCGGGUCGAUCAGCUCUGCCAGAUGAAGCUGUUUCCAACCCUCACCAUCUCCUCAAGCGUGGCUCUCUAGUGGGCUUCAAGAAUCCUUAUCCUUCACAUGCAUACAGUCCCAACUUCGGUACCAUGGUGCGAAGAGUCUGGUGGCCCACUUUCACUGGCGACAUGAAGCACCCCGAUUUGACUCCCCCAACUGUGCCAGUGGUAAAGCCACAGUGGAAUACCGAGCGCGAAACAAGCGAUAGGAUCCGCGCAACAUGGCUAGGCCAUGCUUGCUACUACGUCGAGUUCCCUUCUGGCCUGCGCGUUCUGUUCGACCCUGUCUUCGAGGACCGAUGCUCUCCAUUCGACUUCAUGGGACCAAAGCGAUAUACACCCAAGCCAUGCGAUAUCAAAGAUAUUCCGAUCAUUGACGCUGUUUGCAUUAGCCAUUCCCAUUACGACCACCUUUCACACUCUUCCAUCCUCGAGGUCCAGAAGUAUCACCCAGACGCACAAUUCUUUGUUGGUCUGGGUCUGGAGACAUGGUUCCGCAAGUCUGGCAUCAACCAUGUUACUGAGCUCGAUUGGUGGGAGGAUGCCGACCUCACUGUCACAGUCAAGGAUGGGGACAGUCCCCGCGAGAUCAGCGCAAGGAUAAUGGCUUUGCCGUGUCAGCACGGUUCGGCGCGAACCAUGUGGGAUCGCGACACUACCCUAUGGUGCUCGUGGGGUGUUCGAUCUGGAGAGAAGUCGGUUUGGUUUGGUGGCGACACGGGCUACCGAUCAGUCCCAAGUCUCCCUCCUGGGACCGAUGACUACAGUGCCGAAUAUGAUCAUCUUCCGAGAUGCCCUCAGUUCAAACAGAUUGGCGAAUUCCGGGGACCUUUUGACCUUGGCCUGAUUCCAAUUGGUGCCUAUCAUCCGCGUGUGGCAUUCUCGCCUGUGCAUGCGGACCCGGCAGACGCCGUUGAGAUCUUCCGCGAUACACAAUGCAAGCGUGCAAUGGGAAUUCACUGGGGCACGUGGGCGCUCACGUUGGAGGAAGUUCUGGAACCACCCAAGAUGCUGAAGACAGCUCUACGAAAGAGAGGCCUACCCGAGGUGGGUGUAUUUGAUGUUUGCGAUAUUGGUGAAGCUCGGGAAUUCUAGCUUGGGUGUAAAAAAGACCUUGGAAUCUGGAGAAGCGAUACAUGUUCGCAGAUGUAAAUACCCUGAUUUGUUUUAAGGCUCAGUCAGAGCUGAUGGCAUCCAACUGGAUGAGAGGUACACUGCGGUGAUUUUGUAUACCACCUUCAUUCUCCUCAAGACUGUAACUUUGUAGAAGUUUACAAAUUAAUUUCCACUUCUUGUAAGCAAGCUUGUUAAGAAUGAGAAGAAUAAAGCCUCCGAAAUGAUGUCACAAUAAGACCCUGAUCGACAAUGG